UGCCUCGUCAAGACCAUCACCACUCACCAGUGAACAACAUCGAACUCUCCGACGUGUACAGCGGCGCGAUCUCCUCCGUCGUGACCCAUUUCCCAGCGGCGCCGACAAGCAACAACACCAACGUCACCCAUUUCCCCAUUUUGUCACGGAUGAUCUCCUCCGACCCAAGGCAGUGCUUCCCUCCCUCACUCAGCUCAGCUCAGCCUGUAAUAUGUCUUCUGCCACUACUUAUGAGUCCACUUCUAGUGGCCAUAUGUGCGAUAUAGAUCGGUGCGUGGAAAGGACCUCCCUAUCUAUCCGUAAUUUCGGUAGGAGGUUCUAUGGAUGUCAGCAGUGGUCGCCGGACUCCGAUCAGGCAUAUAAGUUCUUCAAAUGGUUGGACAAGAACACAUGCCCACGUGGCCGUGCAACAGCACCACUUGUCCAUGAAAGGUUUACCCGAUAUAAGGCCGAGGCCGUAGCUGCAAGAAAUGAAAGGGAUGAGGCUCAUGCAAAGGAAGCAGAAGCACGGGAGCUCCUAAGGAUAGCAAAGCGCAAGGCUGAAAAAACUAAGCUCGCACUCCAAACUGCUGAAGACAAGGUCUACAAGUAUAGGCUAGCUUUAUUUUUCUCUUGGACUAUGGUUGGCAUUUAUUUUGUAUUCUUUACUGCUUUUGGGAGCCAUGGCCAUACACGACUGUGUCUGCCAUGACCCAUUGAUGAUCACGUGUGUAAUGUAAAUAUCUUUCAUAUUUAAGCUUUUUUUUUGUUGGAUCAUCUUUUUCUUUUCUUUUUUCAAAGAAGAGUUUGAUCAGCUAUGUAGUUGUUGUGAUCCAAAAUUUUGCAAUAGUGUAUCUUGCUAUAUUUGUAGAUUACUAUAUACUUGUUAAAUGAUGUGGGGAAUGAUGAGGUGAUCUUGGGGAAAGUUGGAUGAAACAAAUGUGAAGCAGCGU